AUGAAUGGAUAUUGGAUGUCGAAACCGAAUAAGGAUCAAUGGAAAAAUAUUGCAGAACGUUAUGAAUCUUUGUGGAAUCUACCGAAUUGUAUAGGCAGUAUAGAUGGUAAACAUAUUCGAAUAGAGAAAUUGCCGAAUACAGGUUCAAGUAAUUUCAACUAUAAAGCCUACAAUUCGAUAGUAUUAUUGGGAUGUUGUGAUGCUGAUGGCCUUUUUACGAUGGUAGAAACCGGAUAUGCAGGUAGGAACAGUGACGGUGGAAUAUUUCGAGCUUCAGCAAUGAAAUAUCAUAUAACUCACUCACAACUUGAUAUUCCGUUACCUUCAAAGUUACCUCACGAUACCAAUAACUGUAACUUUCCCUAUUAUUUUGUGGCAGACGAAGCGUUUCCAUUAUCGAAAUAUCUAAUGAGACCCUACCCCAGACGGACUCUUAAUAACAUUAAAAGAGUAUUUAAUUACCGAUUAAGCCGUGGUAGGAAAACGAUUGAGUGCACAUUUGGUAUGAUGACGGAAAAAUUUCAAGUGCUGAGUACUGCUAUUCGUUGUCGUGAUGUUGAUAAAAUCAAUAAUAUCGUAAAAGCAUGUUGUAUACUCCACAAUUUUAUCCGUAAAAGGGAAGGUAUUCGGUAUGCAAUGCGAAACUUUGAAGAAAGUGUUGAUCUGCGUAACACCAACAACUUCACUACAGAAUAUUCGACUUCAAAUGAGAAAACAGUAAACGAUCAAUCGUCAUGUUAUGAUUUGAGAGAUUAUUUAUCACGAUACUUUACUACUCCACAAGCAUCUCUUCCAUGGCAAUGGAAUAAUUGUAUAUAA